AUGCCCGUGCUCCCUCAGCUUGAGGGCUCAACAUUCGACGCCGAUCUCCGCGACCGCCACAUUAUCUACGACUAUGCAGCACACGAUGGCAACGGUAACCCGGAGAAAUGGCGCUAUGAGAUCUGGUUCUUCAACGAAGACCGGGUGGUGUACGCCAUCCAUGGCGGGCCGAUGGCUGGCCGCAAGAACUUCCAGGCAGCGACAUACCAGUGCAUUCGCCCCGGCGAGCUAUGGCAGGUCAACUGGCUAGCGGAAACGGGGACGAUUUGCUCUUUGGUGUUUGAUAUCCCCCACCAGCGCCUGAGUACCCUGCUGGGCUUCUCCAAGGGCCACUGGACCCACAACGAGGCUGCGCGUGGUGACAAGCGCAACUUGGGGGAUUUUGCCCGCUGGCGCGAGUUGGCAAGAAUUGGAUCGUCGCAGGCGGACCGAGUGCUAUUGAGUGAGCAGGCUGUCAUCCUGCGGGAUUUCCACGGAGCGGGGGAGCUCAAGCCGAUCGAUCCGUCCUGGCCGACGCUGUAA